CAACAAAACACUGCUGCUUCCUCAGGUGACUUCAGAUCCUCAACAUUUGAUCAGGGAACCAUUCCACCAAAAACAAGUCAUGCUGUCACAGUGUGUUACAUUGCUGCUCAUCACUUUGGUCACCGUUAGUGUGACGCACCCUCUCACAAAACGAUCAGCCGAAAAUGGUGGCACAAACGGAUCAGUGGUGGAUGACAGACCUGCAGGAAGUGGCAUGACAAAUGACUCUUCAGUGGACGCAAUGGACAGCGAACAACAAAAUGAAGAUGACUUGCCAACCGAUGACCAAGGCCCACCUUCAGAUGGAGAAGAUGACGGUGCUGAGGACCAAUCUGACAAAGGUGACCAAAUCAAAAAUGAUGGCCAAGGAGGCAAGGAUGGCAGUAACAAUGCUGCCAAUGGUAGUGCUGAAGAUGGUGGAGAUGGCGGAGAUGACGGAGAUGAUGGAGAUGGCGGAGAUGGCGGAGAUGGUGGAGAUGGUGGAGAUGGCGGAGAUGGUGGAGAUGGUGGAGAUGGCGGAGAUGGCGGAGAUGGUGGAGAUGGCGGAGAUAAUGUCACUGGUAAAGCUGCUGACAAUAACAAUACUGGCGGUGAAGAUAAUAACGAAGAUGGCAAAGAAGAUACCAGUGGUGGCAAAAAUGGACCUGAUGGUGAGAGCGAAGACGAUGAUGGCAUAGAUGGCGGAGAUGGCGGAGAUGGUGGAGAUGGCGGAGAUGGUGGAGAUGGUGGAGAUGGUGGAGAUAAUGGAAAUGGUGCCAGUGGUAAAGCUGCUGACAGUAACAAUGCUGGCAGUGAUGAUAAUAAAGAAGAUAGCAAAGAAGAUGCCAGUGGUGGCGAAACUGGACCUGAUGGUGAGAGCAAACCUGGUGAUGGCAAAGAUGCAGAGGGCAAAACUGGUGAUGGUGAAGCUGGUGAUGGCAAAGAUGCUGAGGGUGAAACUGGUGAUGGCAAAGAUGGUGAUGGCGAAGCUGGUGAUGGUGAAGGUGUCAAUCAAGCUGUGAUAGUAGAGAAAGGUGAUAAUGAACAAGAUGAUGACAGCAGUAAGAAAGACAACGAGAAAUCGGAGGAGGACAAGGGCGAUGAAGACAAGGACAAAGAUGAUGAAAAAGAUGAAAAUGAUGAACCAGAUAAUAAUGAAGAAGAUGAAGACAGCAGUAAGGAGGGCAAAAAGAAAUCGGAGGGCGACAGCAGUGGUGGUAGCAACAAUGGAGGCAAUGGAGACACUGGAGACAGUGGAGACAAUGGAGACAAUGACGACACUGGAGACAAUGAUGACACUGGAGACAAUGACGACACUGGAGACAAUGACGACACUGGAGACAAUGACGACACUGGAGACAAUGACGACACUGGAGACAAUGACGACACUGGAGACAAUGAUGACACUGGAGACAAUGAUGACGGUGGAGCCCCUGAAGUCUCCACCACUUAAGGCCAAUACUAGAAGCUGUGAACUUUGGAAACUCUCCAGCUCAGCUGUUACCAUGGCAACAAUGUCAUCCCCGAUCCAAAUUGGCGCUAAAUCUUUCCCGACAUUGUUCUUUGGGCCUGCUUUCUGUUUUCAUCUCUGACUGG